CUGGUUCGCUGGCGUGUGGCGCCCCCUGGCGGCAGCGGGGACUCAGUGUGAACAGCCGGAGCUGCGUCCCCGCCAUGGACCCGCAGAAAGAGGCGCGAACACCCCGGGAACUGGUCACGCGGCCGCCGGCCUCGCGGUCUCAGACGCCGAAGGAGGAGGAGCGGCGGGAGAGCGGCGAGGCGCCGGCGGCGGCCCUGGGCGAGGAGGCGGACGACAGUGCGGACGGGCUGUGGGAGCUGCCGGUGGAGCCGGCUGAGCGGAGGCCCGAGUGCAGCCGGUGCAGCCGGCCUCAGAAAGUGUGUUUAUGUCCGUUUCUACCAGUGCAUCCUCUGCACAUCUCUACCUACUUGUACAUAAUUCAGCAUCCGGCAGAGGAAAGCAAAGUGUUGCGGACAGUUCCUCUACUAGCAGCAUGCCUUCCCCAGGACAAGUGUAAAGUCAAGAUCGGUCGUCGUUUUAGUGAAGAAAGAGAUCCUGAACUUUCAACUGUUUGUCGGAAGUCUGGUACAUUAAUAUUAUAUCCAGGGGCUGAAGCUGCUAAUUUGGAAGAGUUUAUAUUAGAUUCUCCUAUUUAUCCUUCCACAAUCAUCAUCAUCGAUGGUACAUGGAGCCAGGCUAAGGACAUUUUCUAUAAGAAUUCCUUGUUCCGACUGCCCAAACAGGUGCAGUUAAAAACUAGCAUUUCUAGUCAGUAUGUAAUUCGGGCGCAACCAACUAAUAGGUGCCUGUCUACACUGGAGUGUGCAGCUGUUGCUCUUUCCAUCUUAGAGAAAAAUAAUUACAUACAAGAGACUUUGCUUCGCCCUCUUCGAGCUUUAUGCUCUUUCCAGCUUCAGCAUGGUGCUCAAAUUCGCCUCAGCAAGGAACACCUUCUGAAAAAUGGAUUAUAUCCUAAGCCGAUGCCAAAGAACAAACGCAAACUCAGGAAGAUGGAACUGUUAAUGAACAGUGUUAAAAUUUAGCACAAAUGUUCUUAUGGUGCUAUUUAUGGUGUCUUCAGCUGACAGUACCAGCUUAAGUUUUCAUACAACUUAAGUCUGUGUGGUUUUUUGGUUGUUUAAAGAAUGAGGGUUGUAUACUAAAGGUGUCCAGAAGAAGGGCGUAAAUCAAAUAGCCAUGAAAGCAAAUAAACAAGCAAAAUUACAUGACUCAGUAAAAAGCAAGAUUUCAUACUGUAUUUGCUUUUAAAAAUGUGCCUCUAAUACAUUUUUUUCAAGUCCUUAAUUGAAAUGGGAUUAGUUAUUAAGCUGGGUUAGAAGUACUUUUUUUAAAUGGAAGGAAAUCCCUGUGCCUGAUUGGGACAGUAAUGUUUCCAUUACUGUUUUAUAGAUAACUAGUGGCCCAUUGCACAAAAUUCAUGCACGGGGCGGGGGGGUGUCCCUAAGCCCAGUCUGCACCCUCUUCAAUCUGGGACC